AUGGCUGUAGAAGAGAUGCAUGCAGGGACGGGUGCGGGUAAUGGGUCUGGCGGGGAGAGGGGCGGGGAGCGGGGUGGGCGGCGGCAGCUGGUGAUGCACAACAAGGCGCCCAUGUGGAACGAGAACAGUCAGGUAAUGCAGUUCGGUCGCAUCGACGGCAAUGCUUACACAUUGGACUUCCAGUACCCCUUCUCGGCGCUUCAAGCGUUUGCUGUAGCGCUGGCCAACGUCACACAGCGGCUCAAAUAA